AUGGCGGAGACUCUUCCUAAAGAUAUCUUGGAAAACAUAUUUUCUCGCUUACCCAUCGAAUCCACCUUGCAGUGCGAACGAGUAUGCAAAACUUGGAGAAGGAUUGUCGGUAAAAGUGUAGGUAUCGUUUUCACGUUUAAAAAAACUAUACCAUCUAGUACUAAGGAUCUUGUAACACAGCUCUACUAUGGAGAUCCUCGAUGCGAAACUAGGAUAGAAAAAUAUUAUUUUGAGAAUACACUUACACCAUUAGUCCCUGCGCUAGCGGAUCCCUAUGGCAUGGUUGGUUCAUGCAAUGGUUUAGUUUGCUUUAAAGCGGAAGAUCCAAAUUAUUCUAAAGAUGGUCGUGCAUUUGGUCUUGCCUUCAUAUGUAAUAAUCCCAUAACUGGAGAAGCUGUUUAUAUUCCUGGAUUGGGGAACCGUGAGGUAAGUUUACACCCUCCAAUAGGUGAAUUCGGUUACGUUGGAUCAACUAAUGAGUACAAGGUUGUUCGAAUCUAUUUCAAGGCAUCAUGUGUUCAGGUAUUUACUCUUGGGAGUCACCUUGGAUGGAGAUACAAAGAAGAACGUGUCCCUCGCUACUGGUUCUUCUCAUCCCAGGAGUCAGGUAUCUAA